CACUGAAACCGACAGAAAACAAACAAUAAUAAAAAAAAGCGUGAUAAUCUUAAAGCUCUUUAGCCAAAAAUAAUUGUCACAUUAAACUACAAUAUCUCUGACAGUGUUUUGCAUUUGGAAGUAGUGAUUAAGUUAAAUAUAGAAGCGUAUAAUUCUGAGGAUUUAAACCAAGUUCUGCUUUAAACCCAGAGAAUCUGUUGGCAUGUCAGGAAGAAGAUCUGCCAAGCUUUUGGUGAUUGUGAGUCAAGAUGAUUCAAGAAAGUUGCUUCUGCCAGAUGGAAUUCCCGAAUCAGUGGAUGAGCUCAUUGAAAAAGUGAGGGAAGCUUUUGGAUUAAAUGGUAGAUUCAGACUACAGUAUCAGGACAAAGAUUUUGGGGAUGUUUUUGUAAAUUUGACAAACACUGGAGAACUUCAGAGUCUUGGCACUCUAAAGAUUAUCCCGUUGUCAGAUGAAGACUCAUUCACUGCUCAAACAUAUGAUGGGACCCAGUCUAAUAAUGAUGCUCUGUCCUCUAUUGGCUCUGGAGACACUGAUAAUACAAUCAUCCUUUCACUCCCUUAUUCGGAAACAGUUUCUACAAGAAAACAGUGGCCAAAAGAAUUUAAUAUUCCAUGCUUUUCUUAUGACACUGAACUCCAAUUAGAGAGAGGAAAUGCUCUUUUUAAGGCUAACGGAACAAGGCUGUCUGUCACUCCAAAGAUGAAGUCUAAUAUUCUGGAGAGGGUUUGUGAUGAGAUAUACAAGUAUAAAUCUUAUCCCAGCAGUGCAAACUUCUGUGAAGUUUCAGAGGCACUUAUCAAGAAACACCCUUGCUUAGCAGAAAAAGGAUCCUUCAAUGGGUGCUAUGGGUGGACACAGAGAUUUAAAAUGAAGAUGGGAAACCUACGCAAACAUUUGAAAGGUCUUGGAUGCCCUGAGUAUUUGGUAAAUUCUCUGAAAACCAAAGCUUCAGACCAGGUUUUUCCAGGAAAAAAUGUUAAACGACGUAAGGCCAAUCAUAUCCCAUCCCUUCCUGCUGGAAAGACAUCAGCAAACCUUGAAGUUGAGCGCCUGGCACUUUUAAAGGAAGUGAAGAAAAGAAACAAUGCAUUGACAAUCAGAGAAAAAAUGACAAAGACGUUUGCCAUACGCAGACAAGAGAUUGUGGAAAACCAACCUAGUGUUCAAGAACUGCAAGAAAGAUGGCCAGCUCUGUUUCAACAAGAGGAGAUUAAUGCAGAAUUUUUGCGCAUCACAACCUUACCUUUACUACCGAGAUUUACGGCUUCUUUGGACAGACAGAGCUCUCAGCUUCUCCAGGUUUUUAGGAGCAAAGAUGGAGUCCUCCGUGAACAAACUAAGGACACUAUUCAAGUUAUGGAUCAGAGUCUGGACAUAGACAUCAGAAGAGAGUGCCUGCUGAAGUGCCUGAUCAUGUAUCUUGGUGAAGAUGCAAGCUGUCUGAUCAAAGAAUACCAGGCUGGCCAAAGGGAGGAAGCGGAGAGAGAACUAGAAAAGACCACAAUGGCAUUUUUUGUUAUCCGUGAAAGUGAUGCUCUUAGUCGUGCACUAGACAUUUCCAUUGUUAUUGACGGUGUGGAAGUACUAAAUGAGUUGCCCUCUGUUGCAUGUGCCUGUGCCAUGAUGUUUGGACUCGUUUAUGCACUGGACUUAAAAUAUCCUGAAGGACUCAAAUAUACAUUUGAGGCUUUUCAAAAAAUAAUCAUGAACAUAGAGAAUAAGCAGAUGAGCCGAAGGGUGCGGAACCUCUCCUCAAAGCUGCAGGAAUCUAUUAUAAUGAGUAUAGAAGGAGACACACAGCGCACCUUUGGCCGGCCUCAAGCUCCUUAUCCUCCUUUCUUACAGGUUUGUGAGAACUUUAAAACUGAGACUUUAGAUGGAGAGAAGCCUGAAGUGUCAGAAGUCCGUGUGAAGAAAGAGGAGACGCUGGAGCUGGACAUCCACAAAUAUGAGGACGACCUCAACAACACACCUGAUGAUAUCUGCAUUAAAGCGGAAGAUCCUGACCAUAAAGACUACCUGUACUGUGAGGUUUGCAAAUCCGUCUUCUUCAACAAGUGUGAGGUUCAUGGCCCGCCUCUCUUCAUCCCUGAUACUCCUGUUCCCAUGGGCGUCUCUGACCGAGCCAGACUAACUCUUCCUCCUGGACUAGAGAUUCAGAAGUCCAUUAUUCCUGAUGCAGGUCUGGGGGUGUUUAAUAAGGAGGAGACUGUUCCAGUAGGUGCACAUUUUGGACCCUACCAGGGAGAACUGGUCAACCAAGAGGAAGCCAAGAACAGCAGAUACUCCUGGGUGAUCUACAGGAGCAGGCAGUGUGAAGAAUACAUAGAUGCCACAAGCGAAGUGCAUGCAAAUUGGAUGAGGUAUGUCAAUUGCGCUCGCAACGACGGAGAUCAGAAUCUUGUGGCAUUUCAGUAUCAAGGUGGAAUUCUGUAUCGGUGCUGUCGACCCAUUAACCCAGGACAGGAGCUCUUAGUGUGGUAUGAAGAGGAGUACGCCAAAGAACUCAGUCCUGCCUUUGCCUACCUGUGGAACAAAAAGUGCUCCACGAAUGAAUCAAACAACACUCUUCAACACUGCUCAGACUGUGGAAAGAGUUUUGUUUAUCAAAAUGCCCUCAAAACACAUAAGUGCAUUCAUCCAGUAGAGAAGCCGUAUAACUGCUCACAAUGUGGAAAGAGUUUCCCUCUGCAGGGUACUCUUCGACAACACCAGCGCAUUCACACUGGAGAGAAGCCGUAUCAGUGCUCACAAUGCGGGAAAAAAUUUACUCAUCAGAGAACCCUUCUAGUCCAUCAACGCACUCACUCCAGGGAAAAGCCGUAUCAGUGCUCACAGUGUGGGAAAACUUUUACUCGGCAGAGUACACUUAACGAACACCAGCGGCUUCACACAGGAGUGAAGCCGUAUCAGUGCUCACAGUGUGGGAAAAAUUUUACACGGCAGAGUACACUUAACGAACACCAGCGGCUUCACACAGGAGGGAAGCCGUAUCACUGUACAGAGUGUGGAAAAUGUUUUAAUCGCAAGAGUCAUCUCCAGUUACACUGGUGCCAUCACACAGGGGAGAAGCUGUUUCACUGCUCACAGUGUGCGAAAUGUUUUACUUGCAAGAGUCACCUCGAGCGACACAAGCGGAUUCACACUGGCGAGAAGCCAUAUCAGUGCUCACAGUGCAAAAAGACGUUUACUCACCACAGUACAUUAAAAAGCCACCAACGCAUUCACACAGGAGAGAAGCCGUAUGUUUGCUCACACUGCGGAAAGAGUUUUACUCAGCAAAGUAAUCUCAAUGAUCACAAGCACCUUCACACUGGAGAGAUGCCGUAUCAGUGUUCUGAGUGUGGAAAGGGUUUUACUCAGCAAAGUAACCUCAAAGAUCACCAGCGUAUUCACACGGGAGAGAAGCCGUAUCAGUGUUCCGAGUGUGGAAAGAGUUUUACUCAGCAACAUAACCUCAAACAUCACCAGCUUAUUCACACAGGAGAGAGGCCGUAUCAGUGUUUACAGUGUGGAAAAAGUUUUAAUCGACCGAGUACUCUCCAACUACACCAGCGCAUUCACAUAGGAAAGAAGCCUUAUCAGUGUUCUGAAUGUGGAAAGAGUUUUACUCAGCAACAGAAGCUCAAACAUCACCAGCGUAUUCACACAGGAGAGAGGCCGUAAUAGUGUUUACAGUGUGGGAAAGGUUUUUAUCGACCGAGUACUCUCCAACAACACCAACGUGUUCACACCGGAGACAUACCUUAACCCUGCUUACAGCAGGAAAAGCAAAUGCAUUGACUUGAACAUGCAUGAUUUAAAGUACUGCUUGGGCUAAAUGGUCUGUAUCUUAAGCUGCAUUUUUCAUUUAUUUUAUAUUUAACCUCGAAGUUAUGUUUAAAAUACUUUCUUUUAUGUGUACAAAAAUAUUACCAGUGUAGUUCUGCAUCAUUAGACAAAAACAGAGUGAGAUACAAAAAGUUUUUUUUUUCAUCAAUGACUGCGUUGAGUUGGGAUGACUUUUUUUGAAGGAAGGAGGUAAUGGUUGCCAGGUUUACUAUGCCCUGUGCUGGGAGAAUUUCUGCUGAGCUCCUUCCCUCUAGCCAACAUACUAGCAAUUGCACCCACUCUGAACCUCAAAAGAACAUUUUACAGGGGCUCAUACCAUAUUAAGAAGAUAUGGGAGAAACAGGACGGACAAACUUUUAACAAAAUUAGUUUUAUUUAGCCAAAAAUUAAGAUUGUCUCUGUGACGCAAGGGUUGAAAAAAAAGGGUGGACGUUGGAUCAGUAAUGGAUUUGUGGACAUUUGGAUCAUGUACCAAAGUGACAAUUUGCAAUAGACAGGCUGUAGGACACUGUUGCAACCAAUACUUUACUUUAACUAAGCAGACAGUAGUUUUUAGGUCACAUUUUGAUGAAUUCACCCCUUUCCAAACAGCACACGUUUGUUUUUCCUAAUUAAAAAUCCCAUUUUUUAAA